UCGCUGUCCAACUCACGGUUUUCAUUCUCGAGCGACUCGUCGUCGAUCACUAGCCAAGAGGACGAAUACCAUCUUGGCAAGCACCACCCCCACCAUCAUCAUCACCACCACCACCACCACCCUCGAACACAUCAUCAUCACCAUCCUUCUCCUCACAACCCUCACGCUCAGCGACAUUUUGUGCAUCGUAUGUCCGAUCUUCCCAUCGUCAAUUCAGCUUUGCGUGCCUAUGAAAAUACAAAACAAUCUAACGGUGUAGUCAAAUAUGGCGUAGAAAUGGUCGAGUCGUUUGCGGCACCCAUCUAUGAUAAGUUGGGUCGUCGUUCGUCGGAGUCGUCCGAGGUGGAUGGUAGAUAUUCAGAUCAAGAAGACGAGGCUGCGCUGGCAGCGGCCAGUGCCCUUGCGCGCGCUUCUUUGAACGAGAGCUACGAGCCUCUUCGUGAAGGCAUUAGAAGACGUCGUGCUGAUGAUGCACGUGACGACACAUUGCCUGGUAAGAAAUCUCGAUCUCGCUCCACCUCACGCUCCACCUCACCACACCGGCCAUAUACCGUAACACCCAAAUCACCCACUGUGCGCCAUGCAGCGCAACCCAUCCCACGAAGCCGCUGGCAGCAGAUCGUGAUGCACGCAGGCUCAGCUGCUGGAACAACGGCUGCUGUGAUCAGUGAAGAAAGCAUGAAGUGUCUGCGUUACUGUCUAUCGUGGCUGCAGUAUGCCACUCGACACAUUGAGCAACAGAUGGACAUUGUACGCAACUUUUUAGUGUCAUUAGCAGCUGGAUCAGCUGCACAGAAAGGCAAAUCCCGAGCCGUCGCAACCCCAUCCACAUCGACGCUCUCCGCCGUCAAAAGAGAAAUUGUCGACACCUUGCGCAAGGUCGUCGACGUAGUCAGCAAGUAUGCUGGUUCGGGCCUUCCCGAACAGGCCAAAAACGCAGUGCGUGUCUACAUCUUGGAACUGCCCAAACGCUGGACGAAUUUAAACACUUCUACCACAGCUUCCCCUGCAGCAUCCCCAGCGCUUGGUCCACAUGCUGCGCCCGCACAUGUGCAUGAGACGUCGAUUAAGCUGCUUUCCUUUGGUGACGAGUCCAUUGAAAUGCUCAACUCGGUUUCCUCUGUCUUUUCCGAUACCAUCGACCGUGCUGAACUGUGGCUUCAGCGUUUACGUGUGGUGGGCGUUGCAGGCUCGCAGUCCUCGCGCCGUCAUCAGCAGCAAAAACAUUCACAGCCACAGCCACAACAACAGCAGGAUCAGGCAAUGGAAAUGGCAGAGACAAAGGAGCGUUCCAAACAAAUGGCCACAGCAGAUGAUAUGGAUACGAGUUAAAGUUCUCUUCUCCUUCUUUACAUCUCUUGUAUCCCCCGCGUAACCCCCUUUUCCACCACAACGUUCAUCGCAUAUAAUUCAUUCCAUCCAUAUAGUUUGAUACCUUUUCUUUUUCUUUCUUUCUCUCAUGACUCAUGUACAGUGUUAAAAAAAAUAACUUGCCAUUCGCAGAAUGAAAUGAUAUGUUUCCAAACACUUUUGUUGAGCAUCAGGCUGCAGAGUAACCAUAGUAAUUGAUUAAAAGUAAUUUGGCAGAGCGUCUCCAGUGCGCAUGCGCACUAAUAAGAGCCAACGCAUGUCGA